UUGAAGUGUGUUUGUGUUUUAACAAGAAAAAAAAGAAAACGAUGUAUUUAUUUAGCUCACUAUUAUUUCCGUGUUUCUUAUAGUCUUCUGCCACCGCGUGGUCAACUGGUUGAAUUAUUUUUUACUGAGGCUCUGUUGUUGUUUCCAUAGAAACUCCUCACCUAACUACUGCAGGUGAACACCAGGCAGGCAUUAGGUAGAUAUUGAACAAACUCGUUUACCAUCAUCAUGAACUCGCUUUUCUCCAGAGAUAAUCAACUAAAAGCGAUAGAGUCAUUGCUGAAUGAUUCGGAAAAGUACCUGGGUCAGUUUUGUACUACACUCGCAUCAUAUACGCGAAAGACAGCUAAACUUCGGGACAAAGCUGACUUCCUCGUUAGACAGCUGAAUGAAUUUGCAAGCAAUGAGGAUCCCGAACUUCGAACAUGCAUGAAGAACCUAGCAGAGGACUUGGCAAUGGUCCAAGACUACAGACAGGCGGAGGUGGAGAGACUUGAAGCAAGAGUUGUCACCCCACUAAAAGCGUAUGGAGAUACGGUGAAAAUCAAGCGAGCAGAUCUGAAGAGAUUCAACGCUGAUCGCAACAGGGAGAUGAAAGAGCUUCAGAAACUAGAGAAGAUCAGACUGAAAAACCCAGCAGACCGACAGAGCAUUUCUCAGGCUGAGGUGAUUGCACAGAAAGCCACUAACAAUGCCAACAGAAGUACCCGGCAAAUGGAGGAGACCAUCAGUGAGUUUCAGAGACAGAAACUAGAGGAUGUUAAGAAGGUCUUUUCAGAAUUCAUCAUGGUUGAGAUGCUCUUCCAUGCUAAAGCCCUUGAGGUCUACACCCACACCUUUCAGAAUUUUGAGACGAUGGAUAUUGACAAAGACCUUGAGUUGUUCAUGAGGAAGAUCCAGGUGACAGAUCUACCCUUGGACAACCAGGUUCUCCAGAGUGUCCGAUCCACCUCUUCAAGCCCUCCCUAUUCCAGCCCUACCCCCUCCACCCUCAGGAAGACAGCCGACUACUUCACACGAUCUCGAAGGAGUACAUUGCGCCGGCAAGACGACAUUGAGGAUGAGGAUAAUGAGGAAGAAGAUGAGGAAGAGGAGGAUGUUUACGAGUCAGAGGGACCUUAUGAAGAGCCACAGACUCUGAGGGAAUCAUACGCUGCACAGUACUCCAGAGUGCGCAGGCCGACAUGAUGACAAACAUAUGCAUUCCCUUAUUUAAGUUCAAAGAUGUUUACCAUUAACUCAUACGUAGCACUUUACUAUAAUUGAUCUUAAGAUUGUAUUGCUCUCAUAGAAUAUUUUAAUUGCAUUUGUAAACCCUGAAUCAAGUUACUGCUGUGAAGACAAAAGCUCAGGCAUAGUAAACAGCAUGUCAUUUUAGUUCAGAUAAAUGCAAAUGCAGCUUAAACACACACACACAAACAAUUGUGACUCCUCAGUGAAUGAAAAAAGUUCAGAGCAGAAUAUGAAAUAAAUGAGCUGUUUGCACAAAUCACAAGCACGCCUCUUUUUAUUCAGUCUUACUGCAAAGAAAAUACAUUGCUUGUAAUAACCCACAUCUCCAGAUAA